CAGAGACUUCCUUGUUCAAGGUAUAUGGACUUGACCAGACAUUCGCAUCUCAAGAGCUUUCACCACUGACCAUUCUGCUGAGAUGGCUGUCCCUGGCGAACGUGAAGCCUUUCGGGCGUAUCCCUCGACAGGCUCGACAUUGGGCAUCGUUCAAACAUGGCUGCCUCCUUCUCUAACAUUCCAUAGCUCCCUCUCGCUACUCACUUAUGCUGCUGCUCGCGCUACCGAUCGUGUCGAGCUCAAAGACUGGCUAUGGCCAUCAGGCAUGGUCCUGAACACCUGGGCCGCCUUUCUCUCUCACAAAGCUUCCGAGACUCCAAACUCUUCAGUCACCGAUGCUUUUAUCCGCCUUCCAUGGCCUCACAAGCUUCUCUUGACGGGAGUCACCGCUUGGGGAGGUCGUCUGUUCUACCGUAUUGCCACACGUAGCUGGAAGCGGCAAGCCGAUGACCCAAGGUACGCGGAAGCCAAGAAGACAGAUGGCUUUUGGAACAAGGCACUUUUCUCGCUUUUCUUGCCAGAAGCUGUCUUCCAGUCUCUCAUCACGCUGCCUUUCAUCUUGCCAUUCCGGCUUGGCGCAACCGCUGUCGAAGGACGUGGCGUUGCCUACCAAGCAGGUCCAGAACCACAACAGGCCGAGCUGUUCAGAGGGCUUGCUGUAGGUCUUUUCUGCACAGGCUUUGCUCUGGAAGUCCUUGCCGACCACGAGCUUGAGAAGUACAAGAAAGAAAAAGGUCAGCACGGUAUCAACAGGCGUGGUGUCUGGAGCAUUGUGCGACAUCCAAACUACCUUGGCGAUGCUCUCAUUCAUCUGGCUUUCCCAUUUCUGUUACUGUCUUCGUCAGCAACCAACCAAAUCCACCCAUUGUUGACAUUUUUGGGACCCCUGGCGAACUACGUUUUCUUGCGAUAUGUGGGCGGUGAUCGCGAGAAUGAAGAGUCUCAGAAAGAACGGUACAACGCUGCGGCUCUGCGUGAUAAUACCGACGCCGCGGUUAAAUUGGGCGAGUUUGAGGCGUACAAGCAACAAGAAAACAGUUUUUGGCCAAAGCUCGAUCAAGUCCGCAACAAAUGGACCUGGAUCGUCGUGGCCUGUGGUGCGGCUGGAGCCCUGCUUGAACAGGCCAGCAGAGGCCAUUUCUAGAGCGACAACUCCGGCGAUCUCAGCCCGGAAGUGUUCCUCUACGAGUCUUCGCUCUCUCGCCAAACUCCUGUCCAAUUAAUCAAUUGAACCACUUUCAUCUCUCAUGGCAAAUUUGGAGGGAGCUACACGUUUAGAGUAGUCCGAUCUCAAGAAACACCACUCUGUCGUUCUUGCUAAUCCUUCAGAGCAAUAGCUCGAGCACAUGCGGAAGCGGUCCUCGUGGUAGAUCGGGAAUGGGUUUCAGCUUUUUCAACACAAUGCAUAUAUAGCUAUUGCUCCAUCGCUUCAGGACGCUACCAAAAC